AUGAUUCCAACUGUGUUUCUUUUGGUGGAAAUCGGGUCCACUGUUUCUUUGAUAUCGUGCUCUACAGUCAAACUUACAGGGUUAGACACCACCCCUACGCUAGGGCCGAGGGUUAUCACUGCGGCAGGUACCUUCUCGGACGACACCAAACUCCGUCGCGGUUGCCCUAUAAAUUUAGGGAGCAAGGUGGUAUGCAUUGACCUGAUUGUAACCAAGAUUUACUACUACGAUGUCAUCAUCGGCAUGGAUUGGACUGAGAUGAAGGCAAAGAUCAACUAUGAGACUUGGUUGGUGACUGCCCGCGGGGCCGAGGGCGCAUCCUUCACCUUCCCAGUUCAGGUCAACCACCCCUUCCGAAUCCGUUGCUAUGCUUCCCUGUUAGAAGAUUAUGAUGAUCCAUCACUCGUGGCCACGCCAAUAGUCCGAGAUUUCAUGGAUGUAUUCAAGACGAUUCCUACACUACCUCCUCAAUGUGAGAUUGACUUUACUAUCGACCUCGUGCCGGGCGCAACUCCCAUCUCCUUGCCAACCAUCGUAUGCCUUCAUGCGAGAUAG